GGCAACAACAGAAGCAGGAGGAAGCCGUGAGAGGAAGAUGGCGGCAGCGCACCAGCUCUCAGGGUUCUGCGGCCCUUUUCUGUUCUUCGCUGCGGUGUCAGUGCUGGGACAUGGCGAGGCGCUGGGCACCUUGAACCUGCAGGAGCUCAGCGAGCUGAAGUACGGGAUUGAGAUCGGUGCGGAGCCCGUGAUGGCCGGGCAGAGCAAGUCAUCUGAGGUGGUGACCAUCUCCUCCAAAUACAAGCAGAAGUAUGAGUGCCGGCUGCCAGCUGCCGCAGUGAAGAUCCACCAGGAGAAAGAGGAGGAUUCACAGAGCUACACUGGACUGGGGAUCUCGGAACUGUUGAAGCCCAUGGAAGUAGCUCCUUGUCUUAUCAAGACGAAGGACUGGUGGACGUACGAGUUCUGCUAUGGGAAGCACAUCCAGCAAUACCACAUGGAAGAAUCUGAAAUCAAAGGGGAUAUCCUGUACCUUGGCUAUUACCAGUCUGCAUUUGACUGGGAUAAUGAAACGGCAAAGGCUUCGAAGCAGCACAAGCUGAAGCGUUACCACAGCCAAACCUAUGUCAAUGGAUCCAAGUGUAACCUGAACGGGAAGCCCAGGGAGGCUGAAGUCAGGUUUUUGUGUGAGGAAGGUUCCGGUGACUACAUCGCCCGCGUUGACGAGCCCCAGUCCUGCUCCUAUGUGCUGACCGUCCACACCACCCGCAUCUGCCACCACCCCUUUUUGCGGCCGCCCUCUACUGCCACCCCUCAGACCAUCCGCUGUCACCCGGCCCUGAGCCCUGCUGAGUAUGUGGAAUAUGUCAAGGCGCAAGUGUCUGACACCAAGCGCAAAGUGGAGGAGAUCUCCGAGGAGCUGAAGACUCUAGACACACGGCUGUGGAAUGACCAAGAUUCCAGCCCUGCUGUCCAGGAUUCAGAUGGAAAUGUGACUCCAGCUCCGGCUCCUCCAACUGAGGCUGAACCAGGUGAGGAGACUGAUUUCUGGGGAAAAGUGCUUCGUGGAGAUGGGAACCCAGCCCAGGUGCCAGACCAGAUGAAGGAAGAAGAUCCAAUCAUGAAGACAGCAGACAAUCACCUAGCAGAUUUCAAGAAAAAAAUCCACUUCAAAGUUAUCCGGAACCCAGGGGACCUGGUUCAAUUCAUCCAUGACUUGAAAGAGAAUGCUAAGAAGGGCAAAGAGAAGGCUAGUGAAUCGGAGGAAGAGUCACAAGAAACACCUCUCAAAAGUGAGCCAACAGUGGGGACGGAACACCCAGAGGAAAGGGUCCAGGAGGACGAGGAGGAUGAAGAAGAUCUCCUGGGGAAGUUUGAAAAGGAGCUGGAAGACAUCUUGCUUCCCAAAUCUGAAAUGGCCAAGCUGAAGGAAGAGGUGAAGACCGAGAUGGAGAAGGAGUUUGACCACAUUAUUGAUGAGGUGGAGGAUGAGUUAGAAACAGAAGGCCUGAAAGGUGAGUUUGACCGAAAACAAGCCUCCAAGUCUUUGGCGUCAACCCUCAACAAACUGAUUGACAAGCUGGAUCCUGGCAAAGUCCCAGAUAAAGGGGAUAAGGGACAGGAGCAUCAACCUGAGGAGGAGGAAGAGGUGGCAGCUGCAGAAGGAGGGGACGCUGCUAAAGAAAAGGCAGCCAAGCCAGCAGCUGAUGGCGACCCAGACGGGCGCGUGAAAGUCAGGGUCACUAAAGUAAAGCCAGGUAGCGCUCAGCAGAAGGAGCUGCGAGUCCAAGAGAUGAGCAGGGACAACCCGCAGCUGCACCACAUAGAGAGUGUGGUUAAGGACCUGUUGGAGAAGGAAGGCCUGAAGGCAGAAGGUAAAAUUGAAAUCAAGAUUGUGACGACGGGCGGCCUUGGGGAUGACGACGACACCCACUGGCUGUCAGAAGAGGACACCAAGAACCUCAAGGACAUUUUCUUCAAUAUUUUGAUCCAGGGCACAGAGGAAGCCCACAAGGAACAGCGGCGGCAGCGGCAGCUGGAAGACAACUACCGUUUUGUGUGGGGGCGCAACCAGGAAGAACUGCCGGCCGCCGCCACCACCACCGAUUCAGAUGAGCUGGAUUUCUGAACCUCGCCAAAUGUCCGGACUCAGACAACCGUGGCUGUUCCCCUGCAGGACUUGGCUGGGCCCUUCCGGCUCUGUCGCCAGGAGGCCCAAUGCGUUUCCGUAGCGACCAGAAUCCCAUUCGAAUGCGCACAAAGCAGGUGGCAGGCGUGGGGGGCACAUCCUGCUCACAGGUGUGGGCUGUCUUUGUCAGGCCCUCUGCUGUCGCAUGAGUUUCUCUAAGACGCCCCCAGCCGCACGUCCUCACCACACCGUCAAGGCUUCCAGGAGCUGCCUCAGCUGGCAGUGGUGGCAUUUCCUCAGGGCCAAAAUUCCAGCGCCCUCCUAGGCCGAGCUCUUGGCUUCAGCCUUCAGUCUCCUGUCAGCUGCGCUCGGCAUCAGGAACUCAAAAUCCAGGCUGCCCACCUGACUCGGUGGGAUUGAUAUGUUGCCCCAAGUGUCCUGGCUUGAAGCAGUUUGCUCACACAAACACACUCGGAGACCCAUAGAGAAAAUCCCUUUGGCUCAGCGCAAUGUGGAAUCGGGGUGAAGAGCUGGACCUGGUGCCCCUCUGUUGCUCAUGUAUUUGCCCUUGUGUAUUUUGGAAGAAACGUCAGCCCCAGGCUUGUAUGGAUGGCUGUGUGUCACCUGUGUGCCUUGCAAAGUUAAGCUGGAGAAGAGGAUACUCUUUCCCUAUCCUGCGUUGGUCUCUUUCCAGCACCUCUCUUUUCUUUCAUUCUCCCCUCCUCCCCUCUCAAAGUUUUUUGUGGGCUGAGGGCAAAUCUGCCUCAUCGUACGGGCCAUUCCUUGACUGUAUUUACACUUGCACAAAACAAUGCCAGUGUGCAAAGUUGCAACCUUCAGCUAUUGAUUGUGAAAAAGAGAAUGUGAAAUGUGGAGGGGGGGGGCGGGAUGGAGGAGAGAUGGCUACUGUACGCUAUUCUCUAGUUGCAUUGCUCCACGUGUACUAGGGCCUUAGAUGUAAGCGUAUGCGGACUGCAUACAAAUACAGCCUCUCCACGCGUACAGGGCUGGCUGUUCCUUCUGUGAAGUCUCAAGCCACAAGUCUGGCUGAAAUCUCUUGCAGUCAGAAUGGUCUACUUCAAAUGCUGAACAAUCAGGGGUACUUAAUGGGUGACGAGUUGAGGAAUCACUGCCCAAGGAAGGGGUGAGGCUAGAAGAAUCCUGCCGCCUUUCUUCCCUUGGCACAUGCAAGAUGAUUCAUAAUUCACUUUUCUAUCAAAUAAAUCCAGACCAACCCAGCCUA